AUUUCGCGCUACUUCCGACCCUCUCAUUUUCACCACGACAUUAUCUCCUAGCGCUUUCACAAGCAUUACUAAAAGGACCCAGCUACUAUCGGGGCCUUUGCUUUGCUAGCGAGCGAGACCGCCAUCCAUCGCGACUUCGCGAAACCGCAGAAGAUGUGGGCGACUCAGCGCGUAUCCAGCGAGACUCAGUUUGAGCCACCUGGUGCAUGCUCGCCCUACUGGGUCGGCGUGAACGCCAUCUUCCUGCCGCUCAUCCCCUACACCAUCGCCACGGCGCUGCACGACACUCACGUCCACCUCGCCUUCAUUCUGGGGACGGCAUUCUCUGGAGGCAUCAUUCUAUUUGGGCUGCUUUGCAGGCUCGCAGGAGGCUACCGAUCAUGGCCGUUCCUGUUCGAGAUCCUCAUGCUAAUAGUCAACGCGGUGCUGUUGGGCAUGAGCUACGCGGAGACACACGACAUCAUCAAGUACACGCCCUUCAUCGCCAAUUCAGUCUUUAGCGCGUUUGUCGUGGUGUCCAUAGCCUUCCGUGUGCCCUUCACGCUGCAGUACGUACGGCAGUUCGUGCCGCGCGCCAGCGCCACACACGACCAGGUCACGCGCGCCGCCUACUACACCUCCGCCGCCUGGGCGGUGGCGUUCGUGGCCAACACGCUCAUUUACCUGGUACCGCUCUGCGAGGGCAAGGACUGGCAGCACUCCAACGCGCUCAACCUGGUGUUCCGGAUCAUCCUGCCCGUCUUCUUCGCGCUGUUCGCGGCCAUCUUCACCCGCAUCUGGCCGGUCAAGGUGCUGCAGAUGCUGAUCCAGUCCAUCGGGUUCGACUCGGCGCCGCGUAAGGUCAUGGUCAACCCGCUGGCAUUCCCCGGCGGCUCGGGCGGCAUGCCACCGCCGUUCCUAGGCAGUGGCGUGCCCUCCACCAUGCCGCCGAUGCAAAUGCAGGUGCACGCAGUGGCGGUAUGAGCGCGCCAGAGCUGCUCGCAUGGGAUACUCCUGAAGCAUCGGAGCAGACAUGGAACAGCAUGUGCAGGUCAUAAAUUAUAUAGUCAGAUCGGGUGGAGGCGACGCGUCACCCAAGCCAGGAGGCUGUAGGGGGCAGCGCACAUCAGCGGCAACGGCAGCGGGCACACGGGACAUGGUCACGUGGCCCGUUCCACGCUGCCACAGCGGCCCCCCACUACCGUACGAUAGUCAAGCCCGAGGCGCUCGGACUGCACCCGUAACGCCCAAGGCGUCGCACGUGCGCCACCCCGGCGGCUUGUCGGCUGCGGUGUGGUCCCCUACGUGGCGGCGUCAUACGUCCUCCGCCAUAGGCUGUGACAGCACACCGGCCCGGUGCAGCAGCAGCAGCAGCAGCAGCAGCAGCAGCCGUGGUUUUGGAGCACGGGCAGCGUACCACUAUCCACCCAGCAGCCAUCCUCACCUUCGCAGGACAGGGGACAGCCGCUCCCCGCCGGACGCCCGCAUCCCAGCGCAGCCUCCGCUCGCGGCCCGGGGCUCACUCCCCGCCCUGUCCCUUCCCUCCCAAGCCCCUCGUCCCUUCGCUGCAGUGCGAACUGCAGCCAUGUGCGCCUGCGCCUGAAGGGGGGGGGUACAGCGUGGGGUUCCGGCCUGGAGGCUGCAGAGGCCAGCCAGCGAGUCUGCGCGUGGCCCGCUGUGGCCGCUGCACGGCAUACGAGUCGGUCGUACUCUCGGUGAAUCUCUUGUGCUGUUUGUGGCGUGGAUGCACGGCGCGGACUGAGCUAGCCGUGCCAGUAGCCUGAUGGAUGCUUGAUGCGCAGUGUUGCGCUUCUAGACCUCCGAAGGGUCCUGCCAGGGGCUUGCAAAGGAUGGACUUUGGGCUCAGCCCGGGGAAGCCACAGGAGCUUCGGGCUGGCUGUUAAGCCGAGAUGCGCACAACCUGGUCACUUCAUGUAACACGGUCUUACA